AUGGGCCGCCCUAUUGGCAGACGUAUGAUGGAUUUAAUUUACCUCCGAGAACGACCCCAAAAACGAGACACUCGCCUUUUCCAAAUACUUCUUUUCCUGAAAAGCACCUUCUGGCGAAGUCUUUUUGGCAAAGAGGCAAAUGAAUUAGAACGCGAUGGUCUCCUUGAAAACACAUUUUACAUGAUUGAGCGAAAGCCACUCGUUAACAAGUCAACUCGUUACGCAUAUGAAGGCACAGAGGCCGUACGCAAAAAUGUUCCCCUUAAUCUUGCAGCCUUCAAUUGCGGAAUUAUAGAGGCGGCCUUGACGAAUGCGGGCUUUGUAAGUUCACUUCUUGCAUAUGCAUUUGUGUAG